UGCGCUCCGCACUUUUCUGUCGCCCGGUUCCAAGAUGAUUGCUGCAUUUCUAGCGUUCAAGACGAUCAUGUUGUGACCUUGCAUUCGGCUGCAACUCCUUCGUGCUUCUUUUCAAUCCUUGCACUUGCACUUAGCUCCGACGCGAUCAGUCGGGAAGCACUUCGUUCUGAAAAGCACUACGCGCCGGUUUCCUGCAUGCCUUUCUAAUAAUAUUCUGCGCCAACAUAAUAAUUCUAAUGAGCUGCUGCUAGUGGGGUUGGCCCAAAACAGGAGCAGUACUUCUCCCAGCAUUCCACCAUGCGUCUCCAUCUGAUUAUCCAGCGGCAUGGCCUGCCCGUCACACGCAUUCUCUGGACAACGUCACCGCCGUCUGCUUUUGGCCACAAUGCGCCCAAUGCUUCGUCUAUGCUUCCUGCCACGUCCUCUGCACUGGCUUCAACGCGUACACCUAAUGCGCUGUAUUCCAAUGGCGGAUACACGAUCGCACAACUGCUGGAGGAUGUCAAUGAGGUCGUUCCGCUUGAGACGGAGCCAGCUUUGUUUGACAGUGAAUGCAGCGGACAGUGGGGUCUAGAGGACUAUGUGGUCGAGGUUGGCGGCUCCGAAUGUUUGCACUUUAUGGAGGUGGAAGGUCUGCUGCGGGAUGGCGAUGAAGUCUUGAUCCGUGCCCUCCAGAUGUCGGACCUCCGAGUCAGACGGCUUUCCGGUCGUCAUCAAAUAUCCUCCGACGGCAAGCACCUUAUUGAUGGUGUCCCUUUUGGCAAACCGUUUCUGAAAAGACCUACGGCGUCACGGCCCGCGAUUACGAUCCCUCCAAGGAAGAGACGUCGCACUACCGCUGCAGGUUGGGACUACGGGUCACGCUACGAAGAGGAAGACACUGAGUGGGCGCCGUCCAACCAACUGGGCUUCACCAAAGAGCUUUCGGUUGUCAAGUCAGAUGAUCCGCCGCAGCUGCAGGAAAGAAACCAGAAUGAAUACGUAGAUGCGUAUCAUGAUGAUUAUGAGGAUUACCACGAACCCGAGGAGGACGGGGACGACGGCACGGUGAUCCGACACGCUGUCAACGAAGCAUCCAAUGACCAAGCUUCGGAGAGUGACUCAGACCUGUCAAAUGUCAAUGAUGAAGACUUGGCGGAAGAAAUAAAGGGGCUUGAGGAAGACUUGGAGAUGUCGCCUAUGCCCAUGGCAGAAGACCUCGAUUUAGAGCACCCCGGCUAUCCGCUGCGCUCCAAACAAAGUGCUUCUCAAGCAGCACCGAGAAAGAGUUCUCUGGCAUAUCCUUCGAGCCAGAAGUCUCCAGAUCCAGACCACACCCGCCGCGAUUCGAAAGUGGUGACAUUUCAAGACCAAAAAGUCGAGCCGACUGUGGUGACAAUGGAAGACCAGAAAGUCGAGCCGACCGUGUUGAAACCGGAUGCUGUCCUUACCAGCAAAGCAGGCCCAGCCCCCGAGGAGCCCAUUGAUUCUGCCCAAAUCUCGAGCGACAGCAGCAACUCAUCCGAGAGCGACUCGGGUGAUUCUAGCGACUCUAGCGAUUCCAGCAACUCCGAUGACUCCAAUGACUCUAGUGACUCCAGUGAUUCCAGUGACUCAUCAUCAGAUGAAGGUUCGACUGACGUUUCGACUUCCAAUUCGGAAGAUGACUCAAGUUCCGAUUCGGACGACAUAUCCACGUCAGAAUCGGAGGACGAGCUUUCAGACUCAGAAGCGGGAGCGCACACCAAAACCAUUCCACCUGGCGCAGGGUCUUUGAGAACCAAGAAAAGCAACCAGCGAAACAAAAUGCGACGCAGAUUAGCAAAGCUCAAGGAACUUGGUGCUCUGCCCGCGCAGGCCGACUUUGCUGCUCUCCGUGAAUGGGAAGACGCCCAUGGGCGUUCCUACUACGUCUCCGAAGCCAAACAAGAUGCCAAAGAGCAGGAGCGCGCCGAAUUUGAAGCGAGGCGGCAGAAGCUGCUUCGCGAUCUGGAAUCUGGAGGGAUUGAUGUGACUGUAGUGUCACAAAAAGAGACUGCUUCCCCACAGAGUGCUGGUGAAACUGAACAAGCCCAGCCUGCAGCGAAAGUGGCAGCAGAUGAUGGAAAAGAAGCGAGCCCACCUCCCAAGCGGCGUACUCUCGAUGUUGCCAGCUCCAGGCGAUUGCUUUUCGGCUCCCUGGGGGUGAGGACUCCACGAACCAAAGAGGACGAGGAGGCUACCCGGAAAAAGCUUGCAGGAAAGAUCAACCCUGCUCAAGUACAGAAGCCCGCGAAAGAAGACACACCCAGCGUCCCUGAAAGCGACUCGGACGAGAAUUGGCAAGACAAGUUGAUUCUCCGGGCCAUCGAGUGCAUUUACGAUGAUAUUGACCUGACGCCUCCACCUUUCCCCUUCGAACAGCGUUGGGACACCGAAGCCGGUGAGAUCAUCAGACAACGCAAAGGUUGGGGCAAGAAACGGAAACGGCGGCAGCAGCUCCAAGUCUACAAUGGCGACGAGGAGGAUUAUGGGAAUAGCGGUUACGGCUAUUCUACGGGCGACAUACAACUGAACUACGACGACACGGAGCAACCGAAUGGAGAUGUGGAAGGGGUCGAGCAUGCUGCAGAGCCGACUGCGGAGGACCAGACUGAGGACACGGCAGAUGAUCUCCCCGCGCUGCCUAGUGACCCGGCUUCUCUGCAGGACAUGAGUGUGAAGGAUUUAAAGAGAGGCUUGGUAUUUGCCUUCCGGCAACUGGAAAUCUCCAAAGCCACGAGCUGGCAACCCACGGUAUCUGGUUAUCGAGUAGCCAAGAUCCACGACGUCUUCGAGGACAACAUCGUGAAGAUCCGGAUGUCCAAGCGGGACCGAAGACAGGCCCGGGAUGACGAAGAUUGGGAUGAGGAAAACGACCGGCCUCAAUACAGUGGGUUUGAAAUGCCCGGUUUGGACGAGGACGAGGAUGACGGCUUCCGGGAAUUGUCCUUUGCCGAUUUGAUCGAGCCCAAGCUUCUCCGAGCUGCUGACGCUGCAGGCCUUGGGGAUGCUGGGAAACCCAGCAUCUCCCGUGCAGCAGAGGAGCGCUAUCCGCCGAGCCCCAGACCGGCUCCGAACGAGGCGGCAGCCAUGCGCGACUACGAGGAUGGUCAGCCACCAACGCGGGAUACAGAAAAGGAACGGGCUGACCGGGAUGCAAAGCCAUUGAACCAGGAGAUGAUUGAUACCGCGGAGGAACCUGCCAUGGACUCCAGCCCAAUCCAAUCACCGCAAUUUGUCGGAUUCCAGUCUCCCCGCGCGGACUUGACUGACGCAUCGAACGCUAGUCACGAAGAAGAAGCCUCGGAAUUUGCUAUCCCUCCAUCCGGGCAAGACACGCAGAGUGGCCGGAACGGUCGACAGCCGGAUGAGAGUGGCCUGGAGAUCAAAGACCCUCCCUCGCCAUUGCACUCGACGCAUCUCCCUGUUGACCCCGACGAGGGGAACGAGGCGGCACCCCUCUCGGACGACGACCUGCAAAUGAUUAGUAGCUCGGCCAGUGUGAUGUCCUUCAACUGUCUGAUGGAGAAGUACUUUCCCCCCGCCGUCAAGGGGAAGGCAUCGACUCCGCCUACGAAGCAAGAGCCCGAGGACAGUCAGGCACCAUCGUCGUCGCAGUCAUCCACCUCUUCAUUCGUGCCUAAUCCAUUCUAUGAGGUCGACAAGGCCGAGGAAGAACGGCAGCGACGACGAGCGGCUCGCAAAGGGCGACGCCAUGGCAACCCAAACGGAGGAGACGGGGCCCUGGAGCUGGGGUCUCUGGCACGGUCGGUGUCUCCCAUGGCGGACCAACGCCCCCGGGUGAAGACGCCGCCGGCGGAGGAGCCAUCAUCGAUCUACGUUGUCCCGGAGAGCGUGCCGCCUUACGAGGAGGAGCCCCAGCAGUCGGCCCCCCAGUCGCCGGCAUCGCAGGUGUCUUUGGUGGACCUAACGCAGUCGAGUCCGGCCCGGUCGCCGGGUGGGAGUGAUGGGGACUAUGCACGAUCGCACCGACUCCCCCGAGGGCCCGGGUGGGUGCAGAAAAAUGUUCCCCGGACGCGACGGGUGACGAGGCAGUCGAUGGGACGACGAUGA